AUGGCUACCAAAAUUCAGCAGAAAACAACCUUUGAGGCUGCCAAAACUAUUGAGCCGAUUUUCACAGGCGGCGAUGUUUCGCACAAUGCAAGCGGUUCCUUCAUCGCGACCUGCGUUGACGAAGAUGUUUUGAUUGUCAAUGUACAGACGGGCAAGGUGUUCUGUCGUAUUGAGGGAGAUGGAGAAGCUGUGACGAGUCUGUGUCUGGCUCCCGAUUUGUACCAUUUGGUGAUCGCUUCGCGGUCGCUUUCGUUACGGAUCUUCUCGCUCAAACCGCUCGAAGGAUCAAACUCAAUCACUGCCGAGCUCACACGCACGUUGAAGGCGCACGCCACUCCGGUUGUGUCAUCGGUCAUCGAUGCCACGGGAUCACUGCUCGCAACGGGCGGUGCCGAAGGAACGGUGAAGGUAUGGGAUCUCCGAGGAGGUUAUGUCUCGCACACAUUUCAUGGCCACGGCGGUGUUGUCUCUGCUCUUCAAUUCUUCCAAUCAGAGUCACCAAGCCCAUCAGAAAUCAAGACGAGCCGCAAGCGUAAGAGCCGUGGAGAAGACCAAAUGGAGGUCGAUGAUCAUGCUCCGUCUCGAUCCAUCUACCUUGUGUCUGGAGGCGAAGAUGGGAAAAUCCGCAUAUGGAAUUUAGCUACACGAAAAUCUAUCGCGACUCUUGACUCCCACGUCAGUGUCGUGCGAAGCCUGAAAUAUUCCAAAGAGCAACAGUUGCUCUUGUCGGCGAGCCGUGACCGGACAAUAAUUCUCUGGGACGGCCGGACGUGGGGGCAGCAAAGAGUUAUUCCAGCCUUGGAAGUGCUGGAAACUGCCGGUUUUCUGCUGGAAGGUCGAUUUUGCUACGCUGGAGGGGAACACGGAGCUGUUAGAAUCUGGAACACCACCACAGGCCGCGAAGUCACUUCCAAGCAGAAACCCGGACUUGAGAAUGACGCUAUCACUGCCAUUGUCCCAAUAGUCGAGGAUGACGCCCUUCUGUCUAUCCAUCAAGAUCAAACCAUGAGGUUGCAGGGCAUUUCUGCUCUGCGCAGUCUCCAAACGUCUGAGUCGCUGGGGGCUUUACCGCUGCUUCGGACAAUCUCUGGAAACUACGAUGAAGUCAUCGACAUGGCCUGUGUCGGCCCUGACAGGACACUGUUGGCACUUGCCACCAACACGGAGAGUCUCAAACUGAUCUCGAUUCGAGAGAAUGGUAAAUCAACGAACUCUAAGUCUCUAGAAGGCAUCGAGUCUUUCGGAAACGAUGUUGCAUUGCUUGAGGGCCAUGAAGACAUCAUCAUCUGCUUGGAUGUCGAUUGGUCAGGCCAUUGGGUAGCGACUGGUGCGAAGGAUAACACCGCAAGGUUGUGGCGAUUAGACCCUGCUUCAUCAUCUUAUGAAUGCUUUGCAGUCUUCGCUGGACAUGCAGAGUCCUUGGGGGCCAUCGCCCUCCCCAGAAGCCCACCGACGGAUGGCCCAGCCUUGAAGAAUCCAGCAUUACACCCGCCUGCAUUCCUGUUGACGGGUUCGCAAGACAAGACCAUCAAACGAUGGGACACAGGGAGACUGAAGUACGACCAGGCAGCAACAGAACCACAAACCGGCACAAAAGCCCUGUUCACUCGAGUUGCGCACGACAAGGACAUCAAUGCAAUGGAUGUAUCGCCCAUCGCACCACUGUUUGCGUCAGCAUCUCAAGAUCGCACCAUCAAGGUGUGGUCUUUGGAAGAUGGCUCGGUGACGGCCGUCCUGCGCGGCCACAAGCGAGGCGUCUGGUCUGUCCGCUUCUCUCCGGCGGGAACUCCUCCACUUUCUCUGCCAGACGGAGGAUCAAGUGGUGCGCGCGGACUGCUGGUGAGCGGCUCAGGCGACCGAACAGUCAAAGUAUGGUCCCUUUCGACUUAUACCUGUCUCCAAACGUUCGAGGGGCACAGCAAUUCCGUGUUGAAGGUUGUUUGGAUCCCACCCACUGAUCCCAAAAGCAACGAUGACGACGCUGAAGAAGAUGCCCGUCCUUCUCAAACACAGUCAAACAAUCCGCCUCUGGUCGCAUCCGCGUCCUCUGACACGCUGGUCAAAAUCUGGUCCCCAUACUCGGCCGCCGACUCCGACCAUCUCCUGACUACCCUCGACAACCACACCGACCGCGUGUGGGCCCUUGUCGCGCCAAACUCGUAUCCGCAUACAUCGUCCUCUUCGAGCAAAAAGCAGCGCAAGUCGCAGCGUCAACCCUAUCCCUACUCACUGAUAUCGGGCGCCGGCGACGCAACCUUAACAUUCUGGCGCGACACCACCCUGCAAACCACAUUACAGGCGUCUCAACGCGCAACCGAGCGGAUCGAACAAGACCAACUCCUCCAGAACCACAUCCUCGGCAAGAACUACCGUGAGGCCAUCACCCUGUCUCUGGCGCUGGGCCACCCAGGUCGCCUGCUGCGUGUUUUUGAGGAUGUCGUCAAUUCCUCCGAGUCCCGGAAGGAAAGCGCCGAGAAUGAACGUGACGAUAACAGCACCGGGAGUAGCAUAACGGGCUCGAAGGCGGUGGACGAGGUCCUCGCCUCCCUCGACCGGACGCAACUGUGGCAGUUACUGGAGCACGUGCGCGACUGGAACACCAAUGCACGCACGGCCCCCGUCGCGCAGCGGAUCCUCAACUGCCUGCUACGGUCGUACCCGAGAGACGUGUUCGUCGCGAUGGCCCGGGACAAGAAGAAGCAGCUCGGCGCCGCCGCCGUCCUGAGCAGCGACGUCCGUGGACGAAAAGCCGGGAGAGGCGCUGGCGGCAUGAAGGAGCUCUUGAGAGCCCUAGAGGUCUACACGGAAAGACAUUACAAGAGGAUGGAGGAGUUGGUCGACGAGAGCUACCUGAUCGAGUACACGCUCCGGGAGAUGGAUGAGGUUGCUGGCGUCUCGGCCGCGGGUGGUGGUGCACUGAAUGGGUCGCUACUCACCAACGGGCACGACGAGGUGCAGGGGAAGGGAAUAGAUGGAGAUAUUGUCAUGGUAUGA